AUGGAAUCGGCCCCCGUUGUAGUUGUUGGCGCAGGGCCUUCAGGGCUUGUGUUCGGAUUAUGUCUUGCCAAGUUCCGAAUUCCGUGCAUUAUUCUAGAAAAGGAAAGAGACAUCGCUGACGAUCCGAGAGGAGUCUACCUUGCCGGAGACGCUUUACGCGUUCUAUGGAAACUCGGAUUGGGGGAUCAGAUGCCCUCGAUUGGACAUGACUUGGAUACGAUCUAUUUUCACCCAAGCUCGUUCAAGUCGCCGCCGUUUUUGACCAUCCCGAUUGCCCAUGACUGGAUGGGCCAUACCAUCCCCGGUGGUAUUUUACAGAGUCAGCCAAAGCUCGAGCGCGCACUUAGGGACUUUGUUCAAAAGUCUCCGUUUUGUACACUCCGAACAAGCUGUGAAGUUGUGGAUCGAGAAGAAAAUGACGACCAUAUGAUAAUAACUUACCUCGACCUAGAGAAUAAUACCAAAAAGCAAAUCAAAACUGAAUGGCUCAUCGGCGCAGACGGAAAGCGAGGCGUCGUGCGCAAAAGGUUCCUUGAACCCAAAGCAGGAAUAAAGCAAGAAGAUGGUAUAUACCGCUACGAUGGAACCUGGGUAGCAGCAAAUCUUCAUAUUACUCUACCUACACCUGAUACUCACCCUGAUUUGAGUCUCUGGAAGCUUGGGCUUACCCCGCAGCAGGUUUACGAUCUGUUCUGGCCACAGGGAUGGCACUUCUGUUCGCCGCCUGACAAGGCAACUGCCUGUGGUAGAUUUGGACCACUUGAAGAUCGGUUGUGGCGGCAUGAAUUCGCAGAGCCAGAGUGGAAUGAUGCGAUGAACGCGGAAGAACUAUUGUGGGAACAUCUGACGCCGAUGAUCACUCGAUCAGAAGACAGCUCUGGACGGAAUUUUGGAAGCAAAAUCACUUAUCCGAGAGACUGCAUCGAAGUUCUGAGAUGUCGACCGUUUCACUUUACGCAUAAAGUUGUGAAUAAAUGGUUUGAUAACCAAACCAUUUUAAUUGGUGAUGCCGCCCAUGUCUUCCCUCCUUUUGGAGGACAGGGUAUUGCCUGUGGAAUCCGAGAUGCGGAAAGUCUUGCUUGGAGGAUUGCAAUUUUGGCAGGUAUAAACAAACCUACGCCUUCAAAGACUUUGAGUAACAAGCUUCUAUCUUUAUGGGCAGAAGAGAGGCGUUUGGGAGUCGAGAUAUCGAUGAAGCAAACUAUGAUGAAUGGGAAGCUAUGCAAUGGGACAGCAGGCUGGUUUUUCUUGACUAUUACACCCAUGCUAAUUUCUCUGUUCACGUCGUCAAAGUUCUACCACCUUCAAUCACCAAUGGCUUGGGGCGAUAUUUCGGGCUAUCAGUCCGCGAAAGAUGGAUUUUAUCUGAAACAAUAUGCUGGAGGCAAAAAAUUGGCUCAGGUCUAUGGCGUUGCUGAACUUAAGGCUGAUGGGUUUUCGAAAUCACCCACACAACGAAAAAUGAUAUUAUCGGAUCAUAUUAUCCAUUAUGUGCCUACAGCACUUACUCUACUUGUUUGCGACCAAGUUACGCCCCAGGAAAACUCAAAGUUAAAUAGACUGCUAGAGGAUGUUCAGUUACAUCCAUUGAUCCUUUCCAAGCAGUCGGUCAUCCACUUCAAUUCCAAGUACGUUUAUAGGAAGGGAAGCUUGUCAAAUUCAGACAAAUUUGUUUCCAUCUCAUGGUCUCCUAUUCCGUCUGAACUCACAAUGGGUUCGGUUUUACGGCCGGGAUACAAUCCGAAAACUUUCCAAAAUCGUCUUGGGGGUGAGAGAUCGAAAUAUGUCAUUAUCAGGCAAGAUAGUAUUGUCUUUUCGAUAGCAAAGGAUCUUCAACAACUACAAAGCUGUCUGGAUAUGCUGAAGGGUUAUGUCACUGCUUGA